AUGGGGAGCUUUGUCAAGCAUGGGGUCAAGCCAAAUUUGGCAACCUUCAAGCCACUGGUAAUAGGGCUUAUGUUAGUGGGAAACUCGAGGCAAAAAAAGUUGUUGAAGAUGAUGUUGGAAGACGAGGGGUGCGUACCUAAUGCGCAGACAUGCCACGCCAUAGUCAACGAGUGGUGCAAGGUAAGCCACAUAGAGGAGGCUCGUGACAUAACAAAUAUGUUUGAAGUCUGGGGGUGGAGACUUGAUGUGUUUACCUACGCAAAAUUGAUUGAUGGUAUGUGCCAAAACAAUAUGUCGAAGGAGGUUGUUCUCACUUUGAUCGGUGGAGGGAGGGCUCCUCCCAAGAUUGAAACUUACAUUGCAUUGAUCAAGGGCUUCUCGGGAGUGGAGAUUUAA